AUGACCACGCCCCCCAAAAUGGACACCUUUGAGAAGCUCUCUGUGAGCGAGCGCAAGAUCGUCGUCGGUAUCGAUUUCGGCACCACGUACUCGGGCGUGGCCUGGGCCGAAACCCAACGCCCCGACCGGCGAACCGCCAUCACCACGUGGCCCAUCAGCAAGACGGUUCGCGAGGGCGAAUCCUCCGACAAGGUGCCUACCAAGCUCAGAUACGCCGACGGCGAGGUUCAAUGGGGGUUUUCCAUCCCCGUCACUGCGCCUCAGGAUCAAGUCAUCGAGUGGUUCAAGCUUGACCUCGAUGCUUCUUUUCAGGGCAUGAGCCCAGCCGUCCCCUCCGAGCGAAAAGCCGUGGACAAGUUGGUCACCGACUACAUCUCGGCGCUCGGCGACCAUCUGCACUACACCUUGCGGGAGAAGCUGGGCGAGCAAGUGGUCAAGACGACCCCUCUCGAGUUCGUCGUCACUGUUCCCGCCAUCUGGUCCGACCUCGCCAAGGACAAGACGAGGCAGGCCUGCCAGAAGGCGGCGGGUCUCACCGCAGGGACGAACGCGCCCAUCCACCUCGUCUCCGAGCCCGAGGCCGCCGCCAUCUACGCGUUGCACGGCCUCGACCCUCACGGCCUCAAGGUCGGCGAUACCGUCGUCGUCGUGGACGCGGGAGGCGGCACUGUCGACUUGAUCUCCUACACCAUCACGAGUCUGAAGCCCAUCCUCGAGGUCCAAGAGGCCGCUCCGGGAUCCGGUGCCUUGUGCGGCUCGACCUUCCUCAACAUGCGCUUCGCCAAGUUCCUCAAGGCGAAGCUCGGCAAGGAGGACGGGUUCGACGACGACAUCAUGGCAGAGGCCAUGGAGCAGUUUGAGAAGAAGAUCAAGCGGCAGUUCACACUCGGCGCCGCCCCCGAAGAAACCUACACCAUCCCGGUCGGAGGCCUGGCCAACAACAAGGAGCUCGGCAUCAGCCGCGGUCGGUUCGCCCUGAAGGCGUCUGAUCUCCAGACCAUUUUCGAGCCCGUCGUGCUGGAGUGCAUCAAGCUCGUCAAGGACCAGAUCACGGCCAGCAACACCCCGAUCCGGGCCGUCCUCCUGGUGGGCGGGUUCGGCGCCUCCCACUACCUCAAGGAGCGUCUGCGCAACGCCAUCGACAAGAACAUCCAGAUCAUGCAGCCGCCGAACGCGUGGCAGGCCGUCGUGCAGGGGGCCGUCAUGAAGGGCCUGGCGCAGGUGUCGCCCGACCGCCUCACGCAGGUCCGGGUCCAGAACCGCAAGGCGCGCAAGCACUACGGGACCGAGUGGCGCACCAAGUACGACGUCAAGGCCCACAAGCACCUGGAGCAGAGGCGGCACUGGUGCGGCCUGGACGGCUGCUACAAGGUGUACACGAUGGAGUGGUUCAUCCAGCGCGGCGACAACGUGUCGGAGAACGAGCCCUUCUACACGUCCUUUGUGUGGACCGGCCUGGUGAGCCAGGGCCGCAUCAAGAAGAUCAAGAUGGACGUCUACGCCGACCGCAACGCGCGGGCCGCGCCCGUGGCCCGCGACGACAACGUCUCCAUGCUCGUCCACGUCGAGGCCGAUGUCAGCCACAUCCCGGAGCACAUGCUGGCCCGCCGGAAGGGUCUUGAUGGGCAAUGGUACUACGAGCUGAGCUGCAAGAUCGAGGCCGUCUACCUGUCUGCGUCGACCGCCUACACGUUGCUCUAUAACAAUCAGCGAUACAGCACCGUGACCGCCGAGACCACUAUCCCGAGCACGGGGUCGCCGAGUACCCGUCGUCUGUCACCGUCGUCUGUCACCGUCGUCAUCAAAUCGCUCGAGCUCGGCCUCAUGUACAUCCUGAACCCGGUCGCCUGCGGCCUCGCGGACGCCUACGGCCCCGCGAGGCUAUACUCGGUGGCCGCACUCAGCGCGGUGCUUUCCCAGCACUUCAGCCGGCGCCGUGCUCUCGCGAUCGGCGGCGUCUGUCUGCCCGUCAUAAUCUCCCACCUCGUGCCGCGGCUCUGCUUCGAAUGGACGCUGCGAAUCGCCGCGCUCAUCAGCCUGGGCUGCUACGCCGUCGCUGUGCUCAUCUCUACGCCUAAGCAUCCCGGCAAACCCGUCAAGUCCGUCUGGUCCGUCGCGGACUUUAGCGGCUUCCCGGACCGGCGCUAUUUUAUCCUUGCUCUCGCCAAUGUGGCCGGCAACUUUGGUCUCUACAUUCCGUUCUACUAUCUAGGUACCUUUCGGGCCCCUGACGAGCCCGAUGCAGCGCUCCCAGUGUCGGAGUCUUCUCCAGCUAAUCCCGCCCCGCAGAGCGUUACAUUGCGGCUCGCCACCCCGAGUCCACGGUCGGGAAACACGACAAGAGGGAUGGUUACGGUCCUCCUGAUGGCUCAUGGACCGUUACUGUUUCUGGAACAAGGAUGA